CCAGGCCGGUCCCCCGCGGGCGUGGCAGGGUCGGGAGCCGGGGCGGGCCCGGCCAGCAUCCCCGCGGGAGACCGCGCAGCGCAGCGCGCAGGCUCUCUGCGUCCUUGGGCCCCCUCGCAAACACAACCCUCCCCGGGCUCCGGGGGGCAGACCUCCUGGGGUUGUGGAGACCUGAGAAAAAGAGCAGGGGUUUUAAGAUCCUGGGACGCUAGGCAGGGCUGGCGUGAGGGGACGUCGUCGGGGCGCUGGGGGAGGCUGUCACCUCCUGCGCUGGCCGGGUGCGCAGGCAACGUAGUUAGUUCGGGACGCGCCCUGGUUUGCGGAACUUCCAGCGGCUCCACUUCCACAGCUGUCCCUGCGCCCAGUCCGGGGGGGAAAAUGCCGGCCCUUCACAUCGAAGAUUUGCCAGAAAAGGAAAAGCUGAAGAUGGAAGUUGAGCAACUUCGCAAAGAAGUCAAGUUGCAGAGACAACAGGUGUCUAAAUGUUCUGAAGAAAUAAAGAACUAUAUUGAAGAACGUUCUGGAGAAGAUCCUCUGGUGAAAGGAAUUCCAGAAGACAAGAAUCCCUUUAAAGAAAAAGGCAGCUGCAUUAUUUCAUAAAUAACUCUGAGGAGAAACUUCCUCCUCAGUGGAAGAAGUAGUUUGUUGUAGUUUUCUGAAAUAAAACCGACAUGCCUUUUAAAGAAGGAACAACAAAAUUUAAAGGAGACUUUCUUAAGUGCUCACAGAGAUAUGGUUUUGUCUGAAAGCUAUGUGCUUCUCAUCUUGCGCACUACACACCCCUUUUAAGAGGACAGAGAGUAUCAAAUGUACGAUUAUGGGAAUAAGGACAUCACUUGUGCAUGACUCACCUCUUUCAGUAUAUUGCUUGAUGCCUCAAAUAAAGUUUUAUCUCUG